AUGGGUCGCGUUAUUCGUUCUCAGAGAAAGGGUCCUGGUGGGAUAUUUAAAGCCCACACCAAACUUCGUAAAGGUGCCGCUAAGCUAAGACCAUUGGAUUACGCAGAAAGGAACGGCUACAUUCGUGGUAUUGUUAAGGAAAUAAUUCAUGACCCUGGCCGUGGUGCACCUCUCGCCAAGGUCCAGUUCCGAGAUACUUAUCGUUACAAAAAACGCAUCCAAACGUUCAUUGCAACAGAAGGUCUUCACACUGGCCAAUUCAUCUACUGUGGCAAGAAGGCGACACUGACCGUUGGCAAUGUAUUGCCUCUUUCAGCUAUGCCUGAAGGUACCAUCAUAUGCAACGUUGAAGAGAAAAUUGGGGAUCGCGGAGCAUUAGCAAGAGCAUCUGGGGAUUACGCUACAAUCAUUGGGCAUAACCACGAAGAGAACAAAACUCGCAUCAAGUUACCGUCGGGCGCAAAGAAAGCGGUCAGCUCUAAUACUCGUGCCACUAUUGGCAUUGUAGCUGGCGGUGGUCGUAUUGACAAGCCUAUGCUCAAGGCAGGCCGUGCUUAUCACAAAUAUAAGGUCAAAAGAAAUUGCUGGCCAAAGACACGUGGUGUGGCAAUGAAUCCUGUGGACCAUCCUCACGGUGGUGGUAACCAUCAGCAUAUUGGUCAUGCGUCUACUGUUUCAAGAGAGAGUGCUCCUGGUCAGAAGGUCGGUUUGAUUGCUGCCAGAAGAAGUGGUCUACUCCGUGGUACAAACAAAGUCAAAGGCGCAUAA